AAGAUUCUGGAAAACUUCUUCCACGUCCCAUUCACAAGAACAGACUGAAGGUAGCAUUUGUUCGCGUUCCAGAACUUACAGGCUAUUUUCUACCCACUGUCAAGAAAACUAUCAUCUCACAAAAUGAGCAAAAUGACAGCUAUGUGGCUACUACAGAUGUGGAUAAACACCCCCAUGACGAUUUUGAUCAACCUACAGAUAUUGAUAUUACCCAGAGAUCUGAGGAUUUGUCAAAUGACAGCACAAAUUCAUCUGCUUCAAAUGAUACUGGAAAGCCCACCGGCCCAGUUUCAUUAGGCAAUAAUAAUAGCAAAUCCAUUUCAAUUCUGCCAAGACAAAUUCGCGACUUAUUUCCAUUGAUUCCGAAGCCCCAUCAAAAUUUACAAAGAGUACCACAGUCACAAUCAACCCAUCUUCGCUAGCCAAGGCUUCUGAUUACGUUUCACUCCACGAACCCUUGGCGGAUAUAGCCGUAAAAUUUGGCCCUCUAGCGGAGAUUCGAAAUUACCGCCCUUUACGCAUAAAUGUUCAACCAAUCAAAACGAGCGUUACAGAUGUACUGAUCGGUGAUGUUUACAAACAAACAUGGAGGCCAUAAAGGAAAAAGAAAGAGAAGUCGCAGAGCGUUUCAAUAUUGAAUCUUUAAGGGAAAACCAGAUCAAAGGUCUAGAAGCUAUAUGUACUGGAAAAGAUGUCUUUGUUGGUACCAAAACAGGAAGUGGUAAAUCCAUGAUUUACGAAUGUGUGCCUGUCAUUUUUCCAAACGCUAUCGUCGUAAUUGUUGCGCCACUUGUUAGUAUUAUGAAAGAACAAACUGAUCGACUGCGUAACCUCGGGUUCAAGGCAACAUACAUUGGAAAAGAUUUGGCCGAGGAAGAAUACAUUAUCAAUGGAGAAUUUAAUUUUGUUUUCGGGAGUCCAGAGGCUUUAGUAGGCGAAAGAAAGUGGAGGAACAUGUUGACAUCCUACGGAGACAGAUUGAAAGUGCUCGUCGUAGAUGAAGCGCACACAGUAAUCCAAUGGGGGUCAAGUGAAGGACAGAAAGAUGUUGCCUUCAGGGAGUGGUUUUCCCACAUAGGUGAGCUACGUGCUGUUCGACCCGAUGUUCCAAUAGCAGCUUUAACUGCAACAUCAGCUCCAUCUCAACGCAGAAAAAUUAUGAGGAGCCUCUGCUUUCGACAGAAUUCAGUCCUUGUUUCAGAAUCACCAGACAGGAAAAAUAUAAAGAUAUCCUCAAUGUGUAUACCAAACAACAGCGACAUUGAAGAUACAUUUAAUUGGUUGUAAGUUGGAUUGGAAAAUCAAAAGGAAAACUUUCCGAGACAUGUUGUUUUUUCCGAAUCUAUUAGUGAUGUUUCCAAAAUAUAUGCAAUUUUUAGGAAAAGAUUUGGUAAAAGUGACCUUUUUGACAUGUUUCAUAGCAAAACAGUUGAAAGCAAGAAAGGUUACAUAAGAGGAAAUAUGGCAAAAGAUGGGAGAAUAAGAGUUUUAAUUUGUACAAAUUCUGCAGGAAUGGGUGUCAAUUUCUUUGGUGUACACAACAUUGUUCAUUAUGGACUGCCUAGGGAAAUGGACACUCUAGUUCAACAAAUGGGAAGAGCAGGAAGAGAUGGAGUUUUUUUCCCAGGAACUUAUUAUCUAUAAAUGUCACAAGGGGCAUUUAAAACGAGUAGAGGAAGAGUUGGUGAAACUAGUAAAAGACACUAAGUGUAGGCGUGAGGUGCUAUGUACUUCAUAUGGCACUAAAACAGACACAAUUGACCCAUUACAUCUAUGUUGUGAUAUAUGUGAAAAACUUUGCAAGUGUGCAUCAAGUGGUU